AUGCUGGUGUUAUGCUGCUUUGUGUCCCUGCCGCUCGUCGUAAUAACGACCAUAUGCCUUCUCUUGGCCAAGAUUAAGGUUCAGAGUGGCACAUUAUCAUCGGCGACGGUGUCGCUUUCACUUCCGCCGGGGCCAUGGUCGUGGCCAGUGGUGGGUAGCCUCCCCGAGAUGAUGCUGAAUAAGCCAGCAUUCCGUUGGACCGAUGGCGUGAUGAAGGAGAUGGGCACCGAUAUCGCUUGCUUCCACCUCGGCGGCGUCCACGUCAUCCCGAUCACAUGUCCCAAGUUCGCGAGGGAGGUGCUCAAGAAUCAGGAUGCAAACUUCUUGUCCCGCCCACUUACCUUUGCCUCCAGUGCCAUCAGCUGCGGGUACAAGGACGUUGUGCUCACGCCAUUUGGUGACCAGUGGAGGAAGAUGCGUAAGGUGCUCACCUCUGAGAUCAUAUGCCCGUCCCGUCACAAGUGGCUCCAUGACAAGCGAGCUGAGGAAGCUGAUAACUUCACGCGCUACAUCUACAACCUCACCACCGGGGGGUCAUCUUCAACGUCUGGACUAGGCAACGUCAAUGUCAGGUUCGUCGCGCGACAUUACUGUGCUAACGUCAUCCGUUGGCUUGUCUUCGGCCAACGGUACUUCGGGGAGCCUCAACCGGACGGCGGCCCGGGGCCGAUGGAAGUGGAGCACAUGGACGCUUCCUUCACCCUCCUAGGGCUCCUCUUCUCGUUCUGCGUCAGCAACUACCUCCCGUGUCUACUUGGCCUAGAUCUUGAUGGCCAUGAGAAAAUGAUUAAGGAGGCCAACACAAAAUUGGAUAGAAUACACGACACGGUCAUCGAAGAGCGUUGGAGGCAAUGGAGUAGCAGCGAGAGGCAGGACGGGGUCCAGGACUUCCUUGACGUUCUCAUCACGCUCGUUGAUGGUGACGGCAAGCCAUUGCUCAACAUCGAGGAGGUUAAAGCACAGUGCAAGGACAUAAUAUUAGCGGCCAUAGAUAACCCAUCAAAUGCAGUGGAGUGGGCGCUGGUGGUGAUGGUGAGCAACACAGAAUUGCUGGCCAAAGCGGUGGAGGAGAUGGACUGGGUUGUCGGUCGUGAGCAGCUGGUGCAGGAGUCGGACAUCAUGGAGCUCAACUAUCUCAAGGCGUGCAUACGUGAGGCAUUUCGACUACACCCAGUCGCCCCGUUCAACCUUCCACACGUCGCGGUUGCCGACACCAUUAUCGCAGGCUACCGCGUGCCCAAGGGUAGCCACGUCAUGCUCAGCCGGAUGGGCCUAGGCCAGAACCCCACCGUCUGGGACGAACCACUCCACUUCAAGCCAAAGCGCCAUAUAGGAGACAACAUCAAGGUGGUUCUUACCGAGAGUGAAUUGCGGUUCAUCUCUUUCAGUACCGGACGGCGGGGGUGCAUUGCCGCAUCACUAGGAACAACCAUGGGUGUCAUGCUCUUUGGCAGGCUCCUGCAUGGAUUUACUUGGACCAAACCGGCUAGGGUGUCGGCCAUCAAUCUCAGCGAGUCCAAGCACGACCUCUUCAUGGAGAAACCACUAGUGCUACAUGCUAAGCCACGUCUUGCAGCGCACCUCUAUCCUCUCAUGCACCGUUGA